CCAAAAAACACAUCUUAUAAUCAUUUUGCUUCAAGAUGUGGAGAUCGAAUGGGAUAAAAACAGGUACAAAAUCAAGAAUAUUCCAUAUAAUCUAGAAGAUUCCACUAAACUUGAAACCACAUGAGUGAAGGCGUAAGAAGAUUUAUAGGUAAGGAGGUGGUCAUAAUUACCGAAUAAAAAGGUGGUUGUAAUUUAUUACCCAUAUAAUUUUGAUUGUCUUUACCAUGGGCCAUCCCUAGUUUAUGGAAAUUAAUGAGUCGGUGUGAAUGCAACACAAAAUUUCUUGUGGUGGACGGACGCACGCAGUCAACCCGAUGUGGGAAGAAGACGAAGACGAAGGUGAGCGGAAAUAUGCCGUCCACAUUCUCUCUCUCUCUCUCUCUCUCUCUCUCUCUCUCACACACACACACACACACACAAACACGCACACACAAAGACAUACAAAAAGGCAGUAUGAAAUGAUUGAGAAGCAAGCACUGAAGUAGCCUUCAUUUUUAUUUGCUUGUAACUCCACCGCACCAUGCAUGUCUACAACUUUCAACACUUCUCCACCAUCAACCGAUAAUGGAGGAAGAGCCGCAGCUGUAAUCGUCAGCCUAUUAGUACUGGCGGGAAUCGGAGCUGUGUCCUGCUUCUGCGCCAGGCAAGCCAGGAAGGCAAUAGUAUCGGAACUAAGGGCGGCGGUGGCCCCACCGCCACCCGCAACAGUGAUCCAAGUGUGGGAGGUGGACGCCCCCACAAUGGAGAAAUUCUUCCUCGAGCUCGCACAGGAGAAACCGGUCCGUUUCACCGCCCAGCAGCUCUGCUCCUUCACGGACAACUACACCACCGUACUCGGCUCCGGCGGCUUCGGCAAAGUCUACAAGGGUAGAUUCCCGAACAACGGUGUCCAAAUAGCCGUCAAAGUCCUGAACAGAGGAGGUCCGAACAAAAGUAUCGAGGACCAGUUCAUGGCAGAGGUCGGAACCAUCGGUCGGACCCACCACAUCAACUUGGUGAGACUGUACGGCUUCUGCUACGACCAGUUCUUGAGCGCCCUCGUUUACGAGUACAUGGAGAACGGAUCUCUCGACAAGCAUUUGUUCGAUAAUCACGAUUUGAAGUGGGAGACGCUGCAUGAGGUGGCGGUGGGAACAGCAAAGGGUUUAGCGUACCUUCACGAGGAGUGCAAGCAGAGGAUUAUACACUACGAUAUCAAGCCGGGAAACGUGCUGCUCGACGGGAAUUUCUCCCCUAAAGUGGCGGAUUUCGGACUCGCGAAGCUCUGCAAUAGAGAAGACACGCAUGUUAGUAUAAUCGGGUAUAGGGGUACUCCGGGGUACUUAGCCCCCGAGUUUAUGCUCAAGAACUUUCCGAUUACUUACAAAUGUGAUGUCUACAGCUUCGGGAUCCUUCUGUUCGAGAUUGUAGGGAGAAGGAAAAACACGAGGAUUGGUCGUGGUGGAGAUAGUGAGAGUAUGGAUUGGUUUCCGAAGAAAGUGUGGGAGGAGUUCGAGAAAGGGGAGCUGAGUGAAUUGGUGGUGGCUUGUGGCGUGGAGGAGAAGGAUCGGGGCAAGGCUGAGAGGAUGGCUAUGGUGGCUCUAUGGUGCGCGCAAGAUUCGCCGGAGGCUAGGCCGCCGAUGAGCGCGGUGGCGAAGAUGUUGGAGGGCGGAGUUGAGGUGGUGCCGCCGCCUAAGCCGUUUCACUACUUGUUUUCGGUGGGCACUAGUGCGCUUAAGCCACCACCUACUGGCUCCGGAAGUGGCUCUGAGUAUACUACAAGUGACGGAAGUAAUUCGUAUUGGUACAAAGAGACGACUACUCCAGUAAUGGCGAAGUACGAGAUAACCGUCGCCACUUUGUAAAGCGAACGGACGUGUUUUUAGCAUCUGCAUCUGGUAAAAAUAGAAGUAGCAAGGGCCAAAGUGAAAUCAAGAUUAUUUUGAAAUCCAAAAACAAAAUUGACUUGUAUAAAUAUUUGGAAUUUUAGUUGUUGUACAAUGAAAGUCACUUCAAACACUCAGU